AUGAACCCUUCGACCAAGGAGACUGUGGUAUUCAACUUUGAAGUGCAGUGGCCAGUCGAUCCGAGUAUCCCGGCGUCAGAAAUGCUUUAUCGAGUUACCAUAUUUGGAGUCUUUGCCAAUGGAACAACCUACAGCUACGCCGUUGAGGCGGAGAAUGUCAAAAUCACUGAAAGAGAAGAUAAAAGUAUGCGUGUGGACUUUUUUGGCGGCAACGAAUUCGGUUGGUCAGGAUCGAGCCUCUUGAAGCCAAGACCCGUCUACAUAGCGACUCUCAACGCGCCUGAAGUAGGGAUUAGAGGAAGCGUAACUCUUCAAGGAAAUACUGUUGCGCCUCACUAUUCCUGCGGCAGUGAUGCUGCAGGUGUUGAUGAACAGAUUAUCACCGGAAUUGGUUGGGCAAACGCAUUGCCGGAUGCUAAUGCCGCAGUAUCCCUCCAAAUACGCGAUACAUCCAUGACAUUCGAAGGGUAUGGUUACCAUGAUAAGACCUGGGUUGACCGCCCCUUUGGGGACGCGCUCCAAUCCGCCUUUUGGGGUCACGCUCGCCUCGGGUCUUAUGCUGUUGUGUGGUGGCAUUCGCGUGCUCAAGACGGCGCGGACAUUAGUGCAGAAUAUCUUGCUACGUGGGAGGAUGGACAUGUCAUCGCGUCUCGUUGCGUUAGCAACCCUAACAACACUCUAGGCUGGGGAGACGGUCAGAUAUGGCCCCUUCUUCCUGGAACCCCAGCACCGAGGGGCAUGCUCCUGCACUGGGACCUUGGAGAUGCCGGUAUUUUUGUGGCGAACAUGACGAGUCAAGAUAUAUUUGCCGACGUUCCUCAGUGGAUGGCUGGCCGAGGAUCUAUAACUGGGGGGUUUGAAGGUCAAGAAACUUACACCGAUGAAACUGGAGUGUGGACACUUAACCAACUUCAACCAUUGUGA